UAUUACAGAAUAUUUUAAAAAAUAAUGCGAAAAUUGCGAUUAAUUAUUCUGAUUCAACUGCUAUUAGGGAUAAGGUUUAUUUGCGGAGACGAGUGUAGUCAAGUGGGAAGCUGUAUACAAAACUAUCCAGGGACCGAAAUUAAUGAUUUGCGACCUCUCCAGUUCAUGAAAUGUUGUUCUACAGAGAGUGAAGAUGUAUUGGAUAGAAUUGAAGGUGUCAACACUACAGCAGCAUGCCAAGAAUAUUGUCAACAGAACCCAGAUUGUGCAUUCUUCACCUGGUAUAAUGAUUUUGUCAUUUCUCCGUUAAGUAACACUUGCUUCCUGUACAAGAGAUGCCUGAAUAUAAACAAAGGAUGUAUAGGCUGCUUUUUUGGAACCAAAAACUGUCCUACAUGCCUAGUUCCUGCUCCUAAAGGAGGUCAUUACUACUGUCAGAACAAUAGGAAUUCGUCAGAAACAGCUGAGAAUACUCCAAUCAGCAACCUGGAUUAUUGUUAUCACAGAUGUUCUAAUAAAUUAACAGUGAGACGAUGUAUGAACGGAAGUUGGGAUGGAGUUGAUCCAACAUGUGAUUGUAUAUCCCCACCACCUGGUAUUAAUAUGACAUGCCCCUACCCAUCCACCUCUCUAAAGAAUUAUGAUGGAGGGGUUAGCUGUCAAAAAUAUUGUGGAAACACCUUGAAAGGAAGUACAGUCUGUCAAGAUCAUCAGUGGACCGUUGAUCUCAGUGAAGUCAGCUGCCCUAUGGAGAGUAGUCCCACCACAGUGAUAAUAAUAGUUGUGGUUUCAACCCUGCUGGGGCUAUGCUUAAUAGUGGGAGCAGGGCUUGUAUUACUCACCAGAAGGAGUAAUACGAAUAGGACUGAUGUUAACACUGAGGACCUAAGAAGAAACGGAACUACAAAUAUUAAUCCUAGUGAAAAAAUCAGAAGAGAUAUUGAUUACUUUACUAACCCCGUAGAUGAAUUCGACGGAAUCAGAGAAAAUAGUCCUCCCUCGGGGUACAAGGUAGCACAGGGCCCUGCCUUUAUUGAAUCCUUGGAUUCAUUAUCAGAUCGGAUUAGAGAUGGACCAAGGUUUGAGAAGCCUAGAACUACACCCCGGGACGAAGUUGCUCAGGGUGGUCUGCAGAUUAGAGGAGGACGGAGAAACCAACGGAUCCAGGAGAGGAUAGAUGCUGGGGGCUGGUCAACCAAAGGGAAGAAUUUAACACAAGAUUUUCCAAGAAGGCUGGGGAGAGAGAUUGGACUGGCACCAGCAAGAGAUUUGUCUCAAAUACCCAAACAUGGAAAAUAUGAGAGUAUUUUAGAAUUUGGUUCUACCCCAAGCGAUUAUUGUUAAACUGCACUAUCAGAAAUUUAACUGUUAUUAAAACAUUUUAUAUAAUAGCUAGCUGAUGUGCCCGGCGUUGCCCGUGGAAUAAAAAAUUCGAUUGUUUAA